AUGCUCAGCCCCUCAAGCUUCGAUGACGUUCCACGCACACCACUCCCAAUUGCGGAUGAAAAAUCAUAUGCUCGACGAAAGACUAUUCUUGAGCGUAUUGAGGGCUGGUGGGAUCUGGGCUUGAUCCGUGGCGGUACCAUUCGAGGGAAUGCCUUCCGGAGCGCCACCAACGGCGGGAAGAAGCGGAAGGACACGAGCGCGGUUGAAUCACCGACCACAUUCGUAUAA